UUAUUUCUUCCAUAACCAAUAAUCGAAAUGGGAAAUAUUGUUUCUCCAUGUGUUGGACACAAUUCAAGAUCUUCUUCAUCGAUCAAGCUCAUCUUCUGGGAAGGACCAACGAGGAUUCUAACGGGAAGACACAUCGCCGGAGAGAUCAUGUCUGAGUUCCCCGACAGAAUGGUAUGUCAUGCAGACUCGUUCUUCAUCGGACACGCCAUCCCAGCCCUAGCCAUAGACGAUGAACUCAUGCCGGGCCAAACUUACUUCGUCCUUCCUAUCGACCGCUUUGCAUGCAAUGUCUUGACGGCGUCUUCUCUUGUCUCCUUCAGCUCCAGCCCUAAGCCUGCCCCUAUAAACUUCGGUGACUGCCCUUUUGAGUACAUUAAAGGGGAGAACGGUAGGGUUAUGAUGAAGGUGGUGCCGGAGUUUAUAACAAGGCUUAUAAGUAGAGGAAAUGAAGAAGAAGGCAGCAAUUCCGGUGGCGAUGGUUUUCUUUGUAGUACGCCGGAGUUGAGGAAGCAUUACGAGCAAUUGGUAGGGUCUAAAGAGCAAGUUUGGUCUCCCAAACUGGAGACCAUUUCAGAGCAUAAAAUUAGGUUUUCGCCUUGCAGGUUCUUAGGGUUGGAGUCGAAACAGAAGGAGGCUGGGUACCACUAAAUUGAUGAUUAAUUAGUAUUAAUUAGUAAUUAAUGCUAUUAUUAAUUUAUGAAUUUUGAUGCUUCUUCAAUGUUAUACGCCUAGUUUUUUUUUUUUUCUUACUACUAGGGAAAUUGGGAGAAGGGAAGGGAAAGGAAGCAAGGGUUUGAACUCCAGUAAUAUGAGCCACACGAGCCAUGCACUAGAAUUUGUUAUAUGUCUAGUUGUUACUCUUAGAAUUUGUAUAAAAACAUAUAUAUAAU